GCUGUUCUUUGUAAAUGGCGUGUUGCUUCCAUAUUGUAAGACUUCCUCUCGAGGGAUUGAAUGGAUUGCCUGAUUGGCAGGUUGCCUUGAGGCUCUCAAUUCGGUUGCGCGCGCAUUGCAGCUCCCGCCAGGGUGCAAGCCUAGUACUUAAAUAGCCUGGCUAGGGGAGCCAGGUGCUUGGCAACUCGCUUUUGCUGUGCUCUCCGGAGGAUCAUCUCCUCUCCCCAGAGGUGUUCGUCUACACCGAUUUUGACCCUCACCCUUCACACAAUACAAGUAGAGAGAUUUCUGAGCAUGUCGCGCCGAGCAUCACGAACAUCGCUAGAUGAUUCGCCAUCUGAAUCGAACGACGGCGCCCACCCCAUGUCUAUGCCUGUACCUACGUCCAUGCCUUCUUCAGAAGCGGUUCGCAAUAGGUCAACCGACAACAAUUGGGAUUCCUUGUUAGCGGUCCUUAGCGAAUUUGCUCAAAGACGCGAUGGUCUUGGUCCUGGCCAUAACCCAGCUCCAACUGACGAAGAUCCCGUUGAUAUUGGUGACGCGGAGCUUGAAAAAGAGAAAAAACAGCGCUUCGAAGUUUUCGAGAGUAAGAUCUGGAAUUUAGACAAAGUACUGGAGAAGAUCACCAGUGAAGUCCGGCGGUUCAGUUCUGCCGUCGAUCUGAUCAUUGCGGCAGCAUUUCUCCGAGAUCAUCUGUCUCAAGUGUUUCAGCUAGUCCGUAUCAUAGUUCGCCCCCCAACCUUAGAGCGACAAAAACAAAAGGACGCACUUCGAAUGUCCACGACUCGCAAACCCCGUGUCCGCAACACCUCACCACGAUUCAAAUCAAAGCGCCAAGUCACCCAGCAGAGCAAGUUUCGCCCGGUGGGGCCCUUCAAUUCAGACAGGGAGGCGCUCCCUAAAAAACUCGAAGGACUGGCACGCGACCUUGUUGCGUUCGAGAAUGCCUUACAAACCCUCCCUGGUAUCCACCACGUUCCGGACUACACCGCGGAAGACGUAGACCACUCGUUUUUAAGUUUGGAGCAAGAUCUGCAUUAUUGGGCCCGCAAUCUGAGUCACUUCAAGGGUAGCUUCCAUUUGCCUGCCCUUCGUCGGCACGUUGCCACUAUAGCGGACGAAAUGGUGGUUCAUCUUGAUGCAGUCACAGAUGCAUUGCGUGUGUUUUUUGAGAUCUGCCUGCCCACGAUUAAGCUUUCCCAGCAGUACACCACGGACGUAUUGAAGAAUUUAUCAACCGUGUCAACUUUCUUCUGCACUGUGUCUGCGACAACCAUCCAAUUCAGUUGGACUCUGGUAGUGUACUCAAGUCCUGUUCCAGCUGUUCCUUGGUGGAUCUCCAUCUGGGCCACCAAAACUUCUCUCUUCUUUUUGAUCGCAUCCGUAGCCACAUUUGCCCUAGGUUUGAUCUGCUUCGCUUUCUCGACCUUCCCGCAUACACGCUACAUUCCCGUCUGCGUCACAGCGGUGGCAGCUCUUUCAGCAAGUUCGCUUUUCCUCGUCAGUCUCUGGUUCCUCAGGGAUUAUCGUACAUUCAGGGAGAACAAAGGAUCGAGGCAUCCCAGGCUAGGCUGGAUCCUUGAUCGGCUUCGCUCCACGUCAAAAGUUUAUUCGGGUCCGAAGAACCGUAUUCGAACUUUCCUGGGAAGGCGUUCAGUGCCUGGGGAUAACGUGCUCCCUAUCGUGUCUGGGAUUAUCGAGGGCGAUUUCCUCGAACAUGAGCGGGAGAAGGAAAUGAAGUAUCCGGAACGAGGUUCAAUGUCGGGCCUCAUGACGCCGUCUCGUACCUUAUCUAUGGCUGCGUCAGGUGGAAAUGCCCUGGGGCGGGAAAUUGGACCGAGGAGUGGGGCGGAAUCACAGGUACUCUCACAAUUCAGUCAGGCCCUAAGUCGGAUUCGGGCAAAUCUGGAACUGGACAAAGGAUCUAGAAAACCGAUCCAACGAUUCCGAGAAGUCGUAAUGAAGGUUGUCAACAAUAAUCGCCUCGCUAAGGAGGAAUGGAGGAUGAGUCUGGCGUCCAUUGGUCCUGCACUCAAGUCCCUAUCGUUAUCUCACACAAUGAAGGAGCAUGCGGCGACAAUUCAGGACAUUAAGUUCAGUCCCGACGGAGAUUUCUUGGCGACUUGUUCAUGGGACCAAACUGCCAUCGUCUGGCGCAUCGGCACGUUGAUGCAACUUCAUCGCAUGCUGCAAUUCCAGGGAGCAAACUAUCCCUCACGCCUUGCUUGGGCCUCGAAUAAUGAACUAUUGGCCGUUAAGCUAGCGAAAGGUUACGUUAUCUGGAACAUAUCAACCGGUAAGAAGCAUCCUCCAGUCAAUCGAGUUGGCAUAGUGCAGAAUAUCACUUGGAUGCCGGACGGGAAGUCCCUUAUGUGCACGGAGGGCACCUAUAUUUAUCACAUGGACAUGGAUGGAACCGAACUCUGGAAGGUCAAUCUUACGUAUUCGCUCGAUGAAGUCGUUAUUACGCCCGAUGGGAAAAGACUGCUGGCCGUGGGCACGCUGAAUGUUACGCCUGAUGAUGAACAACUGGCACCAUCGAGGUCACGUCCCGAACGUCGUAUCAUUUUGUUCAAUAUUGAAGAAAGGAAAACUAUUCACGAGAUGCCGACCCUCAAUGACGUUCAAGGCUUAAGUCUAUCUGUCUCUGGCUCGGUUUUACUCGUCACACACGAAGAGAAGACGCCUCCGCAGUUGUUCCGUGUCAAUCCUACAUGGCUAGCUCUCUUGCAUACAUACCCUAUACCGAACGCUAUGGAAUACGCUGGUUCUAGCCAGCUCGGCAUCCCAGGCCCGACGUUCGCAGUAGGUGCACCAAAGAUGGAAGAUCAGAUCAUCGUUUGUGCUAGCAUACGUGGUGACUUUUUUAUAUGGGAUCGAGAGUCCUCUCGCCUCUUGCACUCGUACCGCGCACUCAUCCGCAAAGGUUCCCACUUGACUGGGAUCGCGUGGAACCACGGGUCGACGAAGGUUUUAAUGGUCGCAAGCUCCUCCAGCGAUGGUACUAUUAGGAUAUGGAGUUCGCCUUGGGGGGUGGACGGCGGUUCAGUUAUGUACCCGUUUUUGAAUGUUGACUGGGAGACCAGCUCGAAAUAUAUCUCCCUUGCAUGCCCUGAUAAACAAGCGUCUCGUCUUGUGCACUGCCAGCGUACCCAAUGA